AUGCUGAAAGCGCGGGCGGUCAUUAAGUGCAAUGUCAUUGCCGCCGUCGACAGGCAGAUAGUCACCUAUCUACACUACAUCGUCAACAAGAAGCAGUUAUUAGGCAUUCGGUGCGAAAUAAAGAGAGGAGGCGGCGAAAGGGAACCUACUCCGGGGCAAGCGAGGCCAAGCGGCGCCCGGGCAGCCCGUGGGCGCUCUCGGGACCGCUCACCUCCGGGUCUGCGUCGGGACCCCGGCGCCGAGCUGCUCCGUUCGUCCCGGGCGCCCGCGGGCCGGGCUCGCGGCGGCCCCAGCCGGGCUCGAUUACUUUCGCCUGGGCGAGAAGCAGCACCGCCGCUCCAGCGGGAACCCUACGGCGGCGGGGAAGGAGGAGGUGGGGCGACGACAACAAAAAGAAGUAAAGUAGGAGGAGAUUCUCCCGGGAGGGCCCGGGCGGGCGUCGGGGGGGUGGCCGGAGGCGGGGGUUGGGGGGGCAGCGGCGGGCUCGCCGGAGGAGGCGGGGACAGGCGGAGGGACCCCGCGCCGGCAGCCUCACGCCCCGCCCCGGAGGAGCGCUCCGCCGCUCCGGCCGCGCGCCUCGCCCCCCUCCCCGCCGCCGCGGCCCGCGCGCCGGGACCCCCGCGGACCCGCCCCCCGCCGCCCGCGCUGCCCCCGCCCCUCGCGCCUCCGUCCCCGCCCCCUCGCCCAGCGCCGCCCGCGCGCAGCGUCUCGCGCCGGCCCGGCCCGCCCGCCGGGAAACAGCCGCGAGAGCAGCGGCCGCCGCGGCCGCCACCGCGCCUUCUGCGCCCGCGCUCCCGCCUCGCCCCCGCCCUCGGCGCCUGCCCCCCAACCGUCGCGCUCUCCCUCGGCGCGCGGCCCGCCGCCUGCUUCCGGGGCGGGCGGACUGGGCGCCUGGUGCCGGCGGCCGCAGCGACAGCGCCCCCGGGAAGCAGAGGAGGAAGGAGAGAAGAGGUGGAGGUGGCCGCAGGCUGA